AUGCCUCACGAAACUAUCAAUACUGUUUUUGGCCAACUCCAUGCAGUUGUGCAAGGGAACCUCGAUAGUGAUAAGACGCUGCUGUUACUUCACGGAAACUCAAGCACCUGGAAAGCGUUCACGCCAAUCCUUGACGAUGAAGUGUUGAAAAGCACAUAUAAAUUAAUCGCAUUUGAUUUGCCAGGCCAUGGGGACUCAGGGGACGCUCCAAAUCCUCAGCUUUCGUACAACAUUCCCGCAUACGCCAAGGCCGCAUUAGAAGUUCUUCGCCAUUUUCAAGUCAAGUCCUAUGUGGCAUACGGAUCGAGUAUGGGCGGUCAAAUCGCGUGGGACAUGAUCAAAAUCGCUGAAGAUUUCGACGUCCGUGGUGUUAUGACAUCAGGUUCAUCACCGUUUGGUAGCGUUGAAGAAAUCCAGGAAGGCUUCAAAUUCAAUUCAGAUGACAACGUUGCGACCACGGGGUCUUACACCGACGAACAAGUUGAAUGGGCUGUCAAGAACGCGUAUGGAGGGGUACCUCAACCGUUUAUAGCCCGCCCUUUAAUGUUUGAGAACAUUGUCAAAGGCGAGUCGACAGAUCAAAGAAAGAUUGUUAAGGAAACCAAAGUCCCUAUCGCCAUUGUGAAUGGAGAAACAGACCCCUUCAUCAACUUGGAUGUAUUCGAUCGACUCGAAUUCGGUAACCUUUGGAAGGGCAAGCAAAUCACUAUCCUAGGAUCCGGCCAUUGCCCCUAUUGGGAUAAUCCAGAUGAAUUCUUGCCUAUAUUGGUUGAAUUUGCAGCUAAUUGCUAUGCUGCAUAA